AUGGCGUUGCGCGCCCGGGAUGGGCCAGUAUCAGGAACCGGGUCACAUCAUCAAUGUGCAACAGCUGCGUUGGAACUAGAAGCGAAUCUUAUCAUAUGCUCUACGAUAACUGGUAUCGCACAACAAAAUGAAGCAAAGUCAACUGUUGGCAAGGAUAACAUCCACCUGAACGCACCUAGAGGUCCGGAGGAUCAGGUCGUCAAGAUACCAUCUCGGCUCCGCUUCCAAAUUGGUGAACUUGAGGGCAAACGCUUUCUCGUUCUCAUGCACCACUCUCCCUGGAGCGUCAAAGUUGCAGUAGAACGACAUGACUAUGAUGGGUUUGCCCUCCCUGCGGCCAUACACGGGUCUCAGUCGACUCGACUCCCCGAAGAUCUUGCGGAUGACGCUGAUGAUGAAGAUGCGAUUCCAAGCAUAAUUGAUCCCCUCGCUAGUUCAGGGCUGUUCUUUCACGAAGGCUUCGAGCUUCCCGAAGUCGAUGGGAUAGCCGAACCAGAACAAGAGCGGUCUGGGUUACGGCGAACGGGGAGGAUAGGACGCGUCCGGGAGCGGCGCGUCAAGCGAGUCAGAGCCAUGCACCUGGCGCACAUCCUAUGGGAUAUAUCUCACCUUUCUACAGGCGUCUUGCGUAGCGCAACCAAUCAUAACCGUAAUCUCUUCGCAGGAUCAAUGAGCCUCCGAGAAAAAGCGUCAUGGCACUGA